GGAGCAUUCCCACACGGGAGGCUCCAUUCCCGGCCUCCGGGCCUUUACCCAGACUGGCCCCAAGGUCCCUGAUGCGCCCCCCCCACCCCCAGACCUGGUGGUCUAACACUCAUCCCCUGGGCCUGCUGCCCUGGGGGCUCUCGACUAACCCCUUCUGGGGGGACGCGAGCCCCACUCCUGUGUCCCAGCAUCCCCCGGGGCGGGUGGGACAGCUCCUACAGGAGGGUCUCAGCCUCCCCAAAGCUACCCAUGUGCCCAAAGGCCCUGCCCUGGGGGGGAGGGCAGGAGUCAGGACCAGGACCGGGAGAGACCCGGGAGAGCAGAACUACGUGCCCACUGUGUUUGAGCGGUACUCCCUGGUCCUGCAGCUGGACGGCAAACCCGUGAAUCUCUCCCUCUGGGACACAGCGGGACAGGAAGAUUAUGACCGCCUCCGCCCCCUGUCCUACGCCGAUGCCCAAGUGGUUCUCAUGUGCUACGAUGUCAUGAGCCCCAACAGCUUCGACAACAUCCUCUCCAAGUGGUACCCAGAGGUGACGCACUUUUGCCCAGGGGUACCAAUCAUCUUGGUGGGCUGCAAGACUGACCUGCGAAAGGACAAAGUGCUGCUGAAAAAACUGCGGCAGGACCGCCAGGAACCCGUCACCUACCAGAAGGGCCAAUCGAUGGCGAAGUUGGUCCGAGCAGUGGCUUAUCUCGAGUGCUCCGCCUGGCUCCAGGACAACGUCCCCUCCAUUUUCCACGAGGCAGCAGUGGCUGCCCUCAACAAUCGCAAGCACCACCGAAAGCUAAAGACCACCUGCAAAGGUUGCGUGUUGCUCUGAAGGCCGAGGCUACCUCUCCUCUCCCCCACGUCCAGCACGGAGAGCUGGCCAGAAGUCCCCUUGGCUCCCCCACGAGGAGGGCCGGGCUGCUUGACACCAGGGCCAAUCUCUGCUGGCAAUGAACUAUCUCCCAGACACUAAAAAUAAACCGAUUCCUAUGACCCUAAAAGGUGGCCCAGGAGAGCUGGGAAUGGAGCUUCGCUUGGGCCUGCCACCAAACUGGGCCAGGGAGCCCCUGCCACUGCUCGCUUUGCAGGUGCUUCCUCUGGACAUGAGCAGGCCCCCUUUUGACUGGGCCCCAUCUCAGCCCCUACUGCCCUGGAAGCCGGAAAGGAGAUUCACCCCCCCAGCCUCCAAAGAAAUAAUCAUAAUAAUCAUGGAAACAACACGCCCUUCACAAGCAGUGACCUCUUCCCACUCUAACUCACACGGAGAAGCCUCUGGGGGAGGCUUCUGGGACCCAUUUUACAGACACGUGUCACUGGAAAUAGAGACACUGAAAGACCCCGGGGCAUGCUGGGAAAAUCUGGGCCUGCCAGCUGAGCCCAGUGCCCAGGUCCAGUCCUAGCCUGAGCAGUGCGAGUGAAGGACUUUAUUCCCCCAGAGAUGGACUUUGCAUCCUGACCCCUGUCCUUUCACCUGACCCCCUCUGGUUCCUCUGGGUGCCCUGCCCUAGGAGAGUGGCACUAGGGGGGACGCACUGCCAAGGGGAUGACAGCUGUUCCUGACGACCAUUAUAACUGAAUCCAAUCAAACAUCAGUCUCAUGUCUGGCCCAUGUGGGCACUCACUUGUUCCCUCCCUCCAUAAAAGGCACUGGUUCGAGACCUCAGUCUAGCUGGGAGUGGUGUCUGGCCGGUGAGCUGAUGGGCAGAGGCCGGGGUGGCGGGCUUGGGUAGAAUCUUCCUCUAGGGAUGAAGGAACUCCCCUCCCCAAAUGGUGCUGAGCUGCCUGUCCCCAUCAGUCUCAGCCUUGGUCACCUCUGAGCUACACAAGUUCCCUCUGAGGGAGAGCAAGUCAUUUAACAAUGAGGCAACUGAGGCUCGGUGUAGGUCAGCAUCCCCUCCCCUACUGCAGCAGCUGCUGCCUCUCCCCUCAGUGACUUGAGGCCCUCCAGAGGCUGGCCUGGUCUCAGAGGCUUCAAGAUGCAUCACAGAAGGGGGAUCAUCACCCCUCGGCUCGAUCGAUUGGGCAGCUCCCACACACGAUCAGACAUUCAGAGCUGGGAGGGCCCAGCUGAUCAUUUGGCAGAGGGGGAAACAGAGGCAGAGCCGGGACCCGAGGACUAGCCUGGGACU